AUGCCAGUUUUGAGAGCCGUUGUUCUGUUUUCAUUGGAUUUGAUAAGUGUAAGUGGUGCUGGUAAUUAUGAGAGGCUGGUGAGCCACUCUAUGGAGUCAAUUCUGCAAAAUUAUGAUGAUGAUUCUGUGGAGCAUGAAUGUAAUACUCAUCCAGGUUCACCUGAUAUAAGUGACGUAAGAGUUGGUGAAGAAUACCAGGUGGAGGUCCCCUCCAUAAUAGAAGAAUCAGAAUGGCUUCAACUUCUUCUCAAUCCUGCUGAUUCAGAAAUUAUGGGUGAUAAACCGCUUUCAUUUGCAAUUGGUUUGCCGAUCUCAGUUACAUGGAUGCAUAACGAAGGGCAUCUUGCAGACAUUGAUGGAGACAAAACUUCAGGUCAACUGGGUAAAAGCAAAAAUUAUGUAUUGGUCCCUGGCACAUUGAGUAAUUCCUGGAAUGAAGCUGAUGCAAAAAGUUUUCUUCUUGGUUUGUUUAUUUUUGGGAAGAAUUUUAUCAAGAUAAAAAGAUUAUUAGAAAACAAAGGGAUGGGGGAAAUACUGUCGUUUUACUAUGGAAAGUUUUACAAAUCUGAUGAAUAUCGUAGAUGGUCAGACUGCAAGAAGAUAAAAGGGAGAAAAUGUAUUACAGGACAGAAACUUUUUUCUGGGCAGAGGCAACAGGAAUUAUUAUCUCGAUUGAUUCCCCAUGUAUCAGAAGAAUCUCAAGAAAGUUUGCUGCAGGUUUCUCAGUCAUAUGUGGAAGGAAGAGUUUCUCUAGAAGAAUACAUUUUAUCUAUGAAGUCUACUGUUGGACUUGGUGUUCUUGUGGAAGCAGUAGGUAUUGGAAAGGAAAAGGAAGACCUUACAAGCCUUGAUGUGGAACUUGGGAAGAACAAUUGGCUGUUUUCAGCACCAACUAGUAAAGCUUGGUCUUCUCUUGCACCUAGCGAUAUAAUAAAAUAUUUGACUGGUGGAUUGCGACUGAGCAAAGCCAAAAGUAAUGAUCUCUUCUGGGAAGCUGUUUGGCCCCGUUUACUGGCAAGAGGUUGGCACUCUGAGCAACCACAGCAUCAAAGCUAUGUCCGCUCCAAAGAUUACCUGGUUUUUCUUAUCCCUGGAGUUAAGAAGUUUUCAAGGAGAAAACUUGUGAAAGGUGAUCAUUACUUUGAUUCUGUUAGUGAUGUCUUGAACAAAGUAGUAGCUGAACCUAAUCUUCUUGAGUUUGAAGAAGAAACUAAAGUUGGUAGCAGCAAUGAUGAAGAGCCAGAAAAAGGAUCGAAUAAGGAUGAUCAAUAUAAUUAUCAUCGUCAAUGUUACCUCAAGCCCCGAGCUUCUACCACCGAUCAUAUAAAAUUCAUGGUUAUUGAUACUAGUUUGAUGCACAAAGGGAAAUCAUCUGAUAUAAUGGAGUAUAAAUCUGCACCUUUUAAGUCAGCUGGUAAAAUUGAGGUAACUGCUGCUGGUAUUACAAAUAAAGGGGCCAAACAAAUGAGGAAAGUAAAUCAUAACAAUGAUCUGUCUGAAAACGUGAAUAAAAAGUUGACAAAGUUCACAGUUGUUGAUACCAGUAUGCUCUAUGAAGGAAAAUUAUUGAAGGUGAGAGAACUGAGAUGUCUUCCCUUUGAAUUAGAAUGUCCUUCUAAGAUGACUGUUUUCUCAAGAGAAAUUAAGGAUAGGUCUUCUGGUGAAGAUUCACCAAGCAUGAUGACAUUCGACAAAAAGAAUAUUAGCAAAACUGAUAGCCAAAAAGGCAUAUCUGAGAAUGAUGCCACCAACCAAAAAGAAGCAAAUCAUAAGCCAGAUAAUAAUGCAAACAAGAUCGUAGAAAGCCAGAAAAAUCAGAAGACCUGUGUGCCUAAUGAUAAUCAACUAAAGAGUACCAUAAAACAUCAGUUCAGUCGGAGGGCAAGAUCAGAUCAUUGUAACCAAUCUGUUCUUCCCAUUAAAAGGAGAAGAUUGACUGCUUGUGCCAAGGCAGAGACAAGCCGCGCCAUUGAGAAUUCUUCAGGAGGCGUGGAAUCUGAAAAUUUGGCCUUUUCUCAGUCAUCAAUCUUUCCAGAGUCCAACCAAAAUGUUAGUGAUUCAGUUAGCCUUCAGCUGAAUGGAAGUUCAAUUACUUCUCCAACUAAUAGAAGUGUGGAAGUGAAUAACGAGGAAACCAUUCUCAAUGAAAUUUGUCAACAAAGGAGUAGUUCUUGUGUUAAUGUUGAGGAAUAUGAAUCACAGUCGCCAGCCACCUUGAACACACCACAGGUUUCAUUGCAUUCUAUAGACAGUGAAAUGAUGGCGACAGGGAAGGAAGGCAGGCAGUGCCUAAAGGCAAAUGAUUCAUGUUUGUCAUAUGAUACUCAGGGGGUAGUUGAGAAACCACAAAGAACCUCUUGUGAUGUUGGUUCUAUGGAACAGCAGCCUCAUACAAAUCCUAGGAGACAGAGUACAAGAAAUCGACCAUUGACAGUUAAAGCAUUGGAGUCUCUAGAAAAUGAAUUCUUGCACGUGCAAAGGAAACAGAAAAAGAAAGAUAUCCUGCCACAUAUAGAUGCUUUCAGCCCUUGCCGCAGGGCUCGUACAAGAGGCAAAACAAAUCUGCAUCGUCGCAAUUCGGAUCAUGGCACUGCAGUUGUGAAAGAAAAGCAUUUGAAUGGGGAUGACACAAUGGAGGCUAUGGAGUUGGUGAUUUCCAAGCCACUAAAUUAA